GCCUGAUUCCACUUGUUAUCGCGAACAGCUGUUAUGGUGCGCAGCAAAUUAAUAAUAAUUGCAAUUGUUUUUCCGUAAAAUUCGUCCCAAUCUUUGGCACAACGAGGUGCAAGGGCCAAUAAAAUGGGCAAUCAACUAGUUGGCAUUGCCCCUUCACAGAUCUAUGCGGUGGAACACUAUUUCUCGGGCCAGUUUGGCAGUGAAAUCACAUUCAGCUCCAACAUGGGAAGUACACGUUUCUUCAAAGUGGCCAAGGCAAAGACCGAGGAGGGUCUGAUUGUGGUCAAGGUGUUUGUAAAGCAUGAUCCGACGCUACCGCUGGAGGAUCACAAGGAGCGGCUGGAGGGCAUCAAGAAGACUCUAACGCUGGCAAAUGCUGUCAACUGCCUGCCCUUUCAGCGGGUGGAGCUCAUCGACAAGGCGGCCUACAUAAUGCGAGAGUACGUGAAGCACAGCCUCUACGAUCGCGUGUCCACACGCCCCUUUCUCACGGUGCUGGAGAAGAAGUGGAUCACCUUUCAGAUUCUGUGCGCCCUCAACCAGUGCCACAAGCAAAAGAUUUGCCACGGCGACAUAAAGCUGGAGAACAUAUUGAUCACCUCCUGGAACUGGAUUUUGCUCUCGGACUUCGCCUCGUUCAAGCCCACAUAUCUGCCGGAAGAUAACCCGGCCGAUUACACGUACUUCUUUGAUACGAGCAGACGGCGCACUUGCUACAUUGCACCAGAGCGCUUUGUGAAGACCCUGGCAUCGGACGAUGAUGGGAACAAUGGCAACAUGUCGGUGAUUCAUACGGACUCGAUCAUUCGCCUGGCGCCCAGCUAUGCGGGAAAUACUCUGCUCCCUGCCAUGGACAUAUUCUCAGCGGGCUGCGCCUUGCUGGAACUCUGGACCGAAGGAACGGCUCCCUUCGAGCUCUCACAGCUGCUGGCCUAUAGGCGGGGCGAGCGUGAUCUUGUGGAGAAGCAUCUGGCUGGGAUCGAGAACGAGAGGCUGCGCAAUCUGCUGGCCUCCAUGAUUGAUAUCCAGGCAUUAAAUCGAAAGAGCGCCGAAGACUACUUGGAUCAGGAGCGGGGGCAGCUGUUCCCCGAGUACUUUUACUCGUUCCUUCAGUCCUACUUGCAGAUGUUCUCCUCGACUCCCAUCAUGUCGCCGGAUGACAAGAUCCAAUGCCUGCACAAGGACAUUGGGCAUUGCAUCAAGGUGCUGACCCAGGCGCAGGACCUGUCGCCCGAAGAGGAUGAGCACGAUGCUGAGCAGGAGAAGAAGGAUCCCACAAUGUGCGGUCGUCUGCCGCCAGAGCACGAUGGCCUCAUAUUGAUCAUCACGGUGGUCACCUCUUGCAUUCGGGGUCUGAAGCAAUCCAACACGAAGAUUGCCGCCUUGGAACUGCUGCAGAAGCUGUCCAAGUACACCACAUCGGAGACUAUAUUGGAUCGCAUAUUGCCCUACAUUCUGAAUCUGGCCCAGAAGUCACCAGCCAAGGUGCAGGUUCAGGCCAUCGAAACGCUGACUGCCUGCCUGAGCAUGGUCAAGGACAUUCCACGCAGCGAUGCCAACGUCUUUCCCGAGUACAUUCUGCCCUACAUCAGCGACUUGACCAGCGAGUCGAGUGCGGUGAUUGUGCGCGUGGCCUUUGCCCGGAACAUAGCAGCGCUGGCCAAGAGUGCCGUCUACUUUCUGGAGGAGACGCAGCGCAACGCUCCGAAUGAGAUGCCCACGCCACGCUACGAGGCGGAGCUGAAUGCCCUGCAUGACAUUGUGCGACAGGCGGUGCUCAGUUUGCUGACCGACUCGCAGCCCAUUGUGAAGCAGACGCUGAUGGAGUCGGGCAUUUGCGACUUGUGCGCCUUCUUUGGCAAGGAGAAGGCCAACGAUGUGAUACUCUCGCACAUCAUGACCUUUCUCAACGAUGAGGACAAGAACCUGCGGGGAGCCUUCUACGACAACAUUGCCGGAGUGGCCGGAUAUGUGGGCUGGCAGGCAUCGGACAUAUUGGUGCCGCUGCUGCAGCAGGGAUUCACGGAUCGUGAGGAGUUUGUCAUUGCCAAGGCCAUACGGGCCGUGACCAUUCUCAUUGAGCUGGGCCACAUCAAGAAGCCCGCUGUCACGGAGAUUGUCAAGGAGACGGCCUGCUAUCUGUGCCAUCCCAAUUUGUGGGUGCGUCACGAGAUCUGCGGCAUGAUUGCCACCACGGCCCGCAACCUCAGCGCCAUCGAUGUGCAGUGCAAGAUUAUGCCAGCGAUUGGAGCCUUCCUCAAGGUGCCGCUCAUCCAAGUGGAGAAGGCGCACAUUCUGCUGGACUGCGUGCAGCCGCCCAUACCCAGGCAGAUCUUCGACAGUGUGCUGCGCUUUCAGGACAUCCAUCAUUUCCUAGGCGCUCUCGAGGAUCGCGCACGAGUACGCAGCCAGACAAGGCACGGGGCCCUGCCCCAAUACGAGGACAUGGGACAGACGCUGCGGAAUCUCUUCCGGCGCCUCACUUCUGAGGGACUUACCGACCUGAUUGAGAUGCAGCUGCUGGCCAUGAAGCCCUUCUUGAUAUCCCUGAAACACAAGGCAUCGCAGGAUCUGGACGACACCGCCUCGGGCAAUGGACGCAUUGUGGUCAGCCGCAAGCAGGUGGCCUGUCAUGAAUAUCCGCUGGCGGACAAGGCCAUCAAAAUGCCAGCCGAGAACCGAUCCAGCGAGGGCCAUGCCCCGGCCAUGGUGUCGCCAGCCUCGGACGCUGUGGCCACUCCACUGGGGCCCGGAGGAAUGGGCGGAAGUCCGGCUACUGGCGGUAUGGCCUUGGGCGUGCCAACCACUACCGUCAGUGCGGCCACUUCUUUGGGGGAGUACACGAUGCCGGAGCGCAACUGCUGGCUGGAGCGCUCAUCAGAGUGUCGCAAAGAUCUGGAAACGCUGACCCAGAAGAUCAAGAGCCGCUACAAUGUGCUGGCCAUCUCCCAGCGCUGCAGCUACGACAAACUGGUGACGCCGUAUCCCCCCAACUGGCGUCUCAAUGGCACCCUGGUGGCCCAUCUGCACGAACAUUCCGAGUCUGUAAUCAAGCUGGCUUCGCUGCGUCCCCACGGCUCGCUCUUCGCCAGCGGCAGCAUCGAUGGCACCGUGCGGCUGUGGGACUGCAGCAAGCUGAACGGCAACCAGGGCAUCAACAAGUCCCGACAGGUGUACUUUGCCAAUACCCCGAUCUAUGCCCUGGCCGCCUGUGAUAGCGGACAGUCCCUGGCCGUGGGCGGCAAGGAUGGCAGCCUACUGAUGAUGCGGAUCGAUCGCAACUCGGCCAAGAUGACGCUGCAGCAGGCUCUGGAGCAAAACGAACACAACGAUGGACCCGUGGUGGACAUGCAUGCCUAUGACCAGGCCACACAGAGCGUCAUCGUGUAUGCCACGCUCUAUGGCGGCAUUGUGGCCUGGGACACGCGCAUGCAGCACAGUGCCUGGCGUCUGCAGAACGAGCUGCGACACGGGGUCAUCACCACAAUCUGUGCAGAUCCCACCGGUUCCUGGCUGGCCACGGGCACCAGCGGCGGCAAGCACAUCUGCUGGGAUUUACGAUUCCGUCUGCCCAUUGCAGAGAUAAAGCACCCGGCCGAUUCGUGGAUCCGAAAGGUGGCCUGCCAUCCCACGGAGCCGUCGUAUCUGAUCUCAGCCUCGCAGUCGAAUAACGAGGUGUCCGUGUGGAACAUCGAGACGGGUCAGCGACAGACGGUGCUGUGGGCCAGUCCCGCUCCGGUGCUGACCAACACCAGUCUCAAUGAUCCGGCCACAACGUGCGGCAUCCUCAGCGGAGUUGUGGAUGGAGCGCCUUUCAUUCUCACGGGUAGCUCGGAUCAGCGCAUCCGCUACUGGGACAUUGCAUCGCCAAAGAACUCGUCGCUCAAGGUGCCAGCGGCCAAUGAUAAUCUGACGGAUGUGGCAUUCAACUACAGUGCCCGGCUGAUUGACGGCAGCCAGGUGAUUGAGGAGCAAGUCAUUUCCAUGGGCACCGGGGAGUCCCAGCAACUUCGCACAUCGACGGAGGAGAAUCCCCGAUCCGGGCCAGACAUGCCCACGGCCAGCCAUCGGGACGCCAUCACGGAUCUGCUCAUGUGUAAGGACAAGGGCCAAAUUUACAUAGCGUCGGCAUCGCGCGACGGUGUCAUCAAGCUGUGGAAGUAAGCGCCCGCUUAUAGUAUUUAAUUAUUCAACUGUGAUUAGCCUAAUAAACUGCAAUAUGUGUACCCGUG